AUGUCUUUGGCGAAGGUUUGCAGGGCCUUUCCGGCCAGGACUGGAUUUUCUUCUCGAUUGCCGACGCUUUGCCAGCCCUGUAUGGAGGCCUUUCUGCAAGGAUGCGAUGUACCUCAGGUAUCGACUGCAUCUUUGGGCAGAGCCUUGUCAGCCUCUGGUGGCAAAGCAGUCUCGGCAUCUUCAGGAGGGUCUCAGCGCUUGACAUGUCGUCGAAGCCCUCUUCCGGAAGGGCUGCAAACGACUGCUGGGCUGGUGGAAGAGGCAUACUCGUCAAAGCCUACAGAGGUCCAAAGAAUACAAAGGAUGCAGGCGGCAAAGACCUUGCAGGCCGGCAUGUCAAUGCCAUCAGCACCACACCUGUGCCAGGAGAUCCAGCGACGGCACCAGUGGAAGAGGGGCACUCACUGGCAGGAGGUGGAACAGCUUUCGCCUGUUCCAAUGCAGCUCUUCUCACACGAAUCCUAG